CAAAAACAUCUUGCUCUCCUUGAUGCAGAUACCUCAGCAGGGGCAAUUCUACCCCAUUGGACUUACCAUUUAUAAGGUUCCACCAGGGACCCCACAAGGACACCUAGGGUCCUCUUCUUUUGAUGGUAACAAACCCCUGAAGACACCCAAUUUUUACAGCUUUAACAGGGAUCUGACCGAACUACACAGUCUGGAACCUGGAGAGUAUGUGAUCAUCCCGUCCACCAUGAAACCCAACAUGACUGCUGAUUUCGUUCUUACUGUCUACACCAAGGCUGAUGUUGAGAUCAGUGGAGGAGACCACAGAUAAGGACGCCAGCCUUAUUGCCUUAUUCAACCUGUAUGCAAAUCAGGUCAAGUGUAUUUUUUUUUAUGAUUGUGAUAUUUUACUCCUUUGGUGUUUGUCCUUUCUGCACUGAAUCUGCACUGAACAGUUUUACUUGCUUCUGUGUUCUAGAAUGAUGAGCUGCUUACUGGACAACUCCAGAAACUCCUGAAUGACAGGUUCCCUCAUGGUUGGAUAAUCAUUUGUGCUUUCAGAAUAUUUAAAAUGAUACCUCAUUUGUAUUAAACCAGAAUAAAAAGCUACCAUCCAUAGGAACCUUGUAUGGCUUUGGUUUGGAUACCUGCAGGUGGAUGUAUCCUAAAAUACUGAAGUAUAUUCUGCUCUUGUUUUGUUCUACCACACCCAAACUGACCAAAGCUGACUUUAAUAUUAAAAUAUUAACAAUCUGAUUAGGAAUAGCACACUUUCUCCUGUGAUUUCCUUAAUGUACACAGCUUGACCAAAGGAUGACAAUGUCUUUUAUUGAAUUUUUGAUACUUUGGAAC